UCCACUGUUUUUUGAGAGGAGUCCACAAUUCCAAACGACAUCAAAAUAAUAGUCAUGAUGGUCCGUUCUCACGCUCCUUCCUCGCUGAUGGGGAUAGCGGUUUUCGCCGCGUUGUUGUUUCUCCUCCAUCCGUCGAGUGCUCAAUUAAGCUCAAACUUUUAUGCCACAUCAUGCCCGAAUGUGUCCAACAUCGUCCAAACCGUGAUCCAGCAGGCCCUUCAAUCCGACCCGCGCAUCACCGCCAGCCUCCUCCGUCUCCAUUUCCACGAUUGCUUUGUUGACGGGUGUGAUGGAUCGUUGUUGCUGGACAACAGCGCAACCAUUACGAGUGAGAAAGACGCAGCUCCGAAUACAAAUUCGACAAGAGGGUUCGAUGUGGUGGACAACAUCAAAUCAGCCAUCGAGAGCUCUUGUCCUGGGACCGUGUCUUGCGCCGACAUUCUCGCCCUCGGUGCUCAAGCUUCUGUCGUUCUGUCAGGAGGUCCAUCUUGGACGGUGCUCUCGGGGAGGAGGGACAGCUUGACGGCGAACCAAGCAGGAGCGAACACAUCGAUACCUAGCCCUUUUGAUUCCUUGGCUAACCUCACUUCCAAAUUCGCCGCUGUUGGCUUGGACACCAAUGACCUUGUCACUCUUUCCGGAGCUCACACCUUUGGACGUGCACAGUGCAGGACAUUCAGCCCUAGGCUCUACAACUUCAACGCGAGUGGCAGCCCAGAUCCAACCAUAAGUCCUUCAUACUUGACCACUCUCCAACAACUUUGCCCACAGAAUGGAAGCGGCUCCGUCCUCGCCAACCUCGACCCGACGACCGUGAACACAUUCGACAACAACUACUACGCCAACCUCCAGAACAACCAAGGGCUUCUUCAGUCCGAUCAAGAGCUGUUCUCAACAUCUGGCGCCGCAACGAUCUCCAUCGUCAACAGCUUCAGCGGCAACCAGAGCGCCUUCUUCCAGAGCUUUGCUCAAUCGAUGAUAAACAUGGGAAACAUUAGUCCUCUCACCGGAAGUAGUGGGGAGAUCAGAUCGAAUUGCAAGAAGGUCAACGGGAGUUGAAAGCUCUUUAUUUAUUUCUUUCUUUCUUUCUCUUUUUUGGUGUUUUCUUUGCGUGUAUGUGAUAUUAAAGCACAAUGAGAUUUAAAGAUCAGGCAUGGUUGAAUACAUCAGUUCUAUUGGGGAGCGAGCCAUAGGUUUGUAUUUCUUGUUAAGCGUGCAGUGUUAAGAGUCGAUUAGAUUAAAAUUCUUAUUACACGGUUUUACGCG